AUGUCCUACGAACCAGCCUACGAUGACCCGUCCAUAGACCCUUUCGCGCAAACUGCGAGCACCGACGACCUCUUCUUCGACGAUGACAUAACGCCAAUUGCCGAACCUGUGGUGGAACAGAAUCCUCUGGAAUUGCAAGUCAUCGACGCAGAGUACCUACCAGAAGACAUAGCACCACCAACAGCCCCUCAAGCACACUUGGCGCCACAUAUACCCCAAGGUCCGCGUAAUCCUGAAAGAGGAGGUCGUGGACGCGGAAGAGGAAGGGGCGCAAGACGAGGCAGAGGUGGCGGUGGCGGGGGAGGUGGACACGUGGGUGAUAUUCGAGAAAUCGAGAAGAAGGAGAAGGAGCAGGAAAAGGCAGCUAAAGAAGCAGAAGCAGCGUCGACACCUGCACCAGCUACUGUGCCAGAACCAGCCACCACCACAGAAGACAACGAUGCCUCUGCUACACCAGACGCACCCACCGAGCCCAAGGAAAAGCCCACCCACUCCGUCCGCGGCGACAGGACGUUGACGGGUGGCCCCGCCCGCACCCGCCUCACCGAAGCCCAACUAAGCGCCAAACUCGCCUCGAUGCGCUCCAAAAACGAAGCCCUGCAAACCGCCCACGCGCGCGCCGAAGCCGACCUCGCCAACUUUGAAGCGCGCGAAGCAGUCCUCAAGAAAAAAGACGUGGAGCGCAAGAAAGUCCUCGCCGAGAAGCAGAAAGCCGAGCGCCAGAACCGCCAGCAGAUGAUGGGCGAGCGCGAGAAGAAUCGCCUGAGAAAAUUAAAUGCGCAGGGCGGCAGGGAGUGGGAUUUCGAGAAGGAGGAGGGGUUCAGUGGGACGGGGGAGGAGAAGAGGAGGGGGGCGGCGAGGGGCGCACAUGGCGGGAUUGCGGGGUCGAGACACGCGGAGGCGCCGGUGUCGGUGGAGCAGGUGGAAGAUGCGGGGAGUCAGAAUUAUGGGGGACGCGGACGGGGUCGUGGAAGGGGUGGGAGAGGAGGCAGAGGUGGACGUGGUGACCAUGAUGGAUCGAGACCGAACGAGCAUAAGAAGCGCGGCGAUCAACAUCCACCGUCUGCGUCCGACUUUCCCGAGCUGCCAUCCGCCAGUGUCGAGAAGAACGGGGACGGCCCCAAGACACUCGAUUUCCCAGUCAAAGGAAAGGCUGCUGAAGCUGAGCCGAAGGAGGAGCGGCCGGUGGUCAAGACGGAGGAUUCGUUUGGAUUGCCGUCGCCGAUGGCGAAGGGGCAGAGCGCUGGGCUGAUGAUGUAUAGAGGAGAUGACCUGACGUGCACGACUAUCGGGCUGCUGGUAUAA